GAUAUACUGCUGUAUCCCGCCCCUACCAACAUGCCCAGGCACAAGAGGAGCGCUGUGACUUAUUGGAAGAAAUGGACAUUACAGUAUUUAAUCCCAGCUCCGUCUCGCUAGGACCUCACAGCGCAACCCCCGCCGCUGCGCCCGGAAAGAUGUGCGGCUUACUCCCCAGCGGCCUCUGAAGGGGCGCGCGCGGGGGCCUCUGGGAAGUGUAGUCCGCGCGCUCGCCGGACCCCUGGGUUGCGGGAGCGAGACUCCGCGUGCGCAGGCGCACUUCCGGCUCUGCCCCGUCGCUGCGGCCAUUGUCCAGCCCCGGGGCGGCUAAGGAGGCUUCGGGCCUCACCUCCGCACAGAAGAAUUGGAGAGGACUGAACCUGAGGGGGGCCGAGGGGAGCCGGCCCAAACCUUGGGAGGGCCUGAGGUCACAAAGUCCGGAAACUCCAGGAGGCAGAGAUUCCGAGUGUGCGCCUCCCACGAGUUUGGCGCUGGUCCGCGGGGCCGCGCCCACCAUCCCGCGGGUGGGACUGGGUGUGGCCAGAGGAGGGUGUCCUCGAUUCUUCUCUGUCUGGGAACCGGGCCGGCGAGGCAAGAAUGGCCCCGAGGCCUCCGACGGAGGCGCCCCAGGAAUCAGUGACAUUCAAGGAUGUAGCUGUGGACUUCACCCAGGAAGAAUGGCACCACGUGGACCCUGCUCAGAGGCGCUUGUACAGGGAUGUGAUGCUGGAGAACUACAGCAACCUGGUUUCUCUUGGAUAUCAAGUUUCCAAGCCAGAGGUGAUCUUCAAAUUGGAGCAAGGAGAAGAGCCAUGGCUAUCAGAGGGAGAAAUCCAAAGAUCUGUCUGUCCAGACUGGAAGACCAGGCCUGUGGCCAAAUCAUCAAAUCUACAGCAGACCAUAUCUGAAGUAUCCCUUCACACAGAUGAUCUCUCACGUGCCACGUUAGAAGAUGUGAGUAAUCAGUUAGAGAGGCACCAGGAAAACUGGAAGAGGUAUCUGGGGCCUGAUGUAUCCACCCAGAAGAAAAUAGUCACACCAGAGAAAACCUUUGAGCAUAAUAAAUUUGGUGAAAACUCUAGAUUGAACACAGACCUGGUCACACAACUGAAUAUUCCUUCAAGGUCUAGUGAAUGUGAUACGCUUGGAAUCAAUUUGGGACAUAAUUCAGACUUACUUAAUCAGAAUAAUAUCCUUGUAAAAAAGAAACCUUAUAAAUGUAAUAAAUGUAGAAAAGCUUUUAUUCAUAGGUCAUCACUUACUAAACAUGAGAAAACUCAUAAAGGAGAGGGAGCUUUUCCCAAUGGUACAGAUCAGGGAAUUUACGCUGGAAAGAAACACCAUGAAUGUACUGACUGUGGAAAAACCUUCCUCUGGAAGACACAGCUUACUGAGCAUCAGAGAAUUCACACAGGGGAGAAACCCUUUGAAUGUAAUGUGUGCGGGAAGGCCUUCAGGCAUAGUUCGUCCCUUGGUCAGCAUGAGAAUGCACAUACCGGAGAGAAGCCCUAUCAGUGUAGUCUCUGUGGGAAAGCCUUUCAGCGCAGCUCCUCCCUGGUUCAACACCAGAGAAUUCACACUGGAGAGAAACCCUAUCGAUGUAACUUAUGUGGAAGGUCUUUUAGGCAUGGCACGUCCCUCACUCAGCAUGAGGUCACACAUAGUGGAGAGAAACCCUUUCAAUGUAAGGAAUGUGGGAAAGCCUUUAGUAGAUGUUCUUCCCUUGUCCAGCAUGAGAGGACUCAUACUGGAGAAAAACCUUUUGAAUGUAGCAUAUGUGGAAGGGCUUUUGGUCAGAGCCCAUCCCUUUAUAAACAUAUGAGGAUUCAUAAGAGAGGGAAACCUUACCAAAGCAAUAACUACGGCAUAGACUUCAAGCACAGCGCAUCUCUUACUCAAGAUGAAAGCACUCUGACUGAAGUGAAAUCCUACCAUUGUAAUGACUGUGGGGAAGACUUCAGUCACUUUACAGACUUUUCUGACCAUCAGAAGAUCCAUACUGGAGAGAACCCCUAUGAUUGUGAGCAGACCUUUAGUCAGCAAUCUAUUUCUCAUCCUGGAGAGAAACCCUAUCAGUGUAAUGUAUGUGGGAAAGCUUUCAAAAGGAGUACAAGUUUCAUAGAGCAUCACAGAAUUCAUACUGGAGAAAAACCCUAUGAAUGUAAUGAAUGUGGAGAAGCCUUCAGUCGACGCUCAUCACUUACUCAACAUGAGAGAACCCACACAGGAGAGAAACCCUAUGAAUGUAUUGACUGUGGGAAAGCCUUCAGUCAGAGUUCAUCCCUCAUUCAGCAUGAGAGAACUCAUACUGGAGAAAAACCCUAUGAAUGUAAUGAAUGUGGGCGAGCCUUCCGAAAGAAAACCAAUCUGCAUGAUCAUCAGAGAAUUCAUACUGGAGAAAAACCCUACACUUGCAAGGAAUGUGGGAAAAACUUCAGUCGAAGCUCAGCUCUCACUAAACACCAGAGAAUUCAUAUGCGAAAUAAACUCUAAGAACCCUGGAAUUUUUAAAAUGUGCAGAAAGCUUUAGCUAAAAUAUUAUUCAUACUCAAGUGUCAAAGGAUUCUUGCUGGAUAAAAAGUUUGAGAAUGUCACAAAUUAUGUGUAUUUGUUGUAUGCAGAGAAAACUUUGCUAGUAGACAAUUUUUUUCAAUAAAUAAAAGACAUUCUUAGAUCUGGUUACCAACUUUUAU